AUGAAAAUAAUAAUAAAUAAUAGGAUAAAUGAGUAUUUAAGCAUAGAAUAUGAAAGGUAUAUCAUUUUUAUUAUUUUCUCAUUAUCAAAGCAAUGUAGUGAAUUUGAACUGUAUGAAUACAUAAUAGAUACUGUUGAUAGUGCAUUUGAAUGUAUUGAAUCUAUUCAAACAACAGAGGGUGCAAAUAACGCUAUUAUUAAUGAUUUAAAAUACUAUUUAGAAUCAUAUGUAUUUAAAGACAUAUUAAAGAAUCCACCACAACCAUCAUUUUCAAAUAAUUAUUAUGAGAAAGUAGAUAUUGAUUCAAAAUUAGAUAAAAUAAAUACAAAAACUACAAGUCUGUAUGAAUUUUAUUCAGAAAUUAAUAAUCUUAUUAUUUCAACAAGAGAUUCUCACUUAGCUUUUAGUAUAAAAAAUAAAAAUGAUUUUAACAUCAAUGAAAAUAGUGAAUUAACACUUUUCUAUUAUUUCCUUCCAUUUUCAAUAAAUAUUGAGAAUGAUAAGAAAAUGUAUUUAAUUCCAAGGUAUUCCUUCAAAUUUAGCGUUGUGAAUCCACCAGAUGAAAUAAAAAAGAAUAUGAAUGUACCAGUUAAAACAAUAAAUGGAGAAGAUCCAUUUAAUAUUAUUCGUGAAUUUGGAAAGAAAUAUAUGAGAUUAAAAUGUCCACAUGCACAAUUUACAUUAGCAAAAGAUUAUUUAGUUGGAGGUGUUUUAAGUUAUUUACCAUUGACAAAAGAAUAUUUAAAUACACAAAUAAGUAUUACAUGGGAAAAUGGAGAAAGUGUGAAUGUUAAUUAUAAAAUAUAUAGAGAAACAGCAAGUGUAUCAAAUAGCAAUGAAAAACUAAAACAAGGAAUUAGAAAACCAUUAACUGAAGAAGAAACAAAAGAUAUAAUCAAUACAAAGAAAGCACUCGAUGAAAAUGAUAGAAUUACAAGAAAAUUUACAUCAAAAGAUAAUAAUAUUCAUUUCAUAUUCCCAAAGAAUGGAGGAGGAUAUAGUAUUUAUUCACAAUGGAUAGAAAAGAUAUUAUCACCAUAUGAUGAUGUUAAUUAUAUAGUUUCAUUGAGAGAAUCAGACUACACAAAGCAUAGGUUAAAAACAGGAUUUGCUGUAAAUUUAUAUGAUCCAAAAACAUGCCAACAAAGAAGAAGUAAAUGGACAAGUAUAAUUCCCAUAAUAAAUUCAUUCCCACUUGGAGAUUGGUACUCAAAACCAAAUAUUAUUAAAUAUGGUGAUGUUGAACAUAAAGUUACACAGCCAUCAAUUGAAGUUUUUCCAAAAAAGAAAUUAAUGAAACAUCCAAGAAACCCAACAGAAAUAGUAGUUUAUACAGAUCCAUAUUGUUAUUCAGCAUGUUCAUGUGUAACAAAAGGAUUAAAAGAAUGGGGAGGAGCUAUUCUUGUAGGAUUUGAUGUAGAUCCAUAUGGUAAAGAUGAAGAAUUUGAAGUAGGAUUAUCACCAACUGAUGUUAUUGAAUCUGUUCCUUUACUCCCUCAUAUAUGGAUGGAAGUAUAUGGAUAUAAUCUUAGAAUAAGUGUUGGAGAAAAAUACAGAUAUAAUUAUGAAUACAAGGAAACAAUUCCUAGAGAAUUUUUAACUGAUAUGAUUGAUGAAAGAGUGAAUAUUUAUCAAUUUUCAAAUUAUAAGAUAAAUGAAUUUGCAGAACAAACAAAGAAAAUAGUAGAAAAGUAUAAAACAAAAUGUAAUCCAAAGAAUAAAAGAUUAGUUAAAAGAGAUAGUAUAUGUGAUAAAGAAAUUAAUAUCGAACAUGGACAUGGAGGAUAUGAAUGUGGAGAUAAUGGAGAGUGGAGUACAAAAUGUGUACUAGCUUAUUGUGAUUCAGGAUAUAAAUUUGAUUAUAUCAACAACAAAUGUAUUAAAGGCAUUUGUUCAAGUGGAAUGCCAAUAAUGACAGUAAACCUAGUCAUGAUAAUACUUGGAAUAAUAACAUUAAUUCUCUAA